GUUUCCUCAACGCGGCCGCUCGUCGCAUCCACCCACGACUCGGCCUGCGCAGGUUCCAGACACAGUGCGACAUCUCGACACAUCGACUGCCCGUCACGUUUGGCCAAUACAUUGCAUGCGCCCGCUCAGCAGACGCUGCACACGACGCCCACGCAUGCGCGCAUCGAACACGGCCUAGGCGCGACAAUGUCGACAGGCGCUCGCGGCGGCGCCAGAGGCGGGCGCGGUCGAGGCGCAGGCCCCGGAGUGUGGCGCGGCAGCAACACCCGCGGCGCGUUCAACGGCGCGUCGAGCGACUCGAGCGACAAGCCCGCGUUCGGCGCAAAGAAGCGUGGCGUGGGCGCGCCAACGGGGGGGAAGGCGCGCAAUAGUACGCAGGAGCUGGACGACGAUGGCAGAGCAAAGGAGAUCAAAUUCGUCCCUAUCAACAAGUACGGCACCGUGGAGAACUCAACCCCGCACGCCAAAGACGACUACAGCAACCGAUUUACCUACCUAAAAGAUGCGCAACCCAGCUGGCGCAAGCAGUUGCAGGAGAAGCGGCUCAUGAACCCGGACGGCCAGAUGAAGCUCCAAGACUCGGUCAAGCUCGUUGGGCUCUGCAACGACAUGUGCCCGGAGUUUGAGCGUGUGCGGAGGAUACACCAGCAAGACUACAAGCGCCCAGAAUGCACACCAGAGACCGAACACCUCGCCUAUGCUGAGCGGGUGCCAGCCGAGGCGCGGAUGGUGAAGGCCUUCACUCGAUCUUCGGCCGGUGCUGAUGUGGAGCUGGUGAUCGAUAUCCGAAACCCCACGGCUUGUUUGAAAACCGUUAAGUACCUCUUUGGCCGACUCGACAAGGAAGGGUUCGACUACCUACACGCCUGGAUUUGGGACCGCACUCGAUCAGUCCGCAAAGAUCUACGGACCCAAGUCGUCGAAAAGCCCGCCGAUAUCCGAACGCUACUCGUGUGCCUGGAAGCGUCCGCGCGCUUUUACCUAUUGUCGAUGCACCAGAUGGCCCAGACCUCCAAGGAAGACUACUCGCACCAGCAAGACAUGGAACAGUUCAAUCAGACCCUGACAACACUACGGGAACGUUACGACGACAAUCGACGGGCUGGAAUACCUUCGGAGAACGAAGCCGAGUUUGUCGCAUACCGCCUAAUCCUGGCCUCGAUCUAUGCCAACAGUCAACUCGAGGACGAGCUCCACAGUCUACCUAACGAUCUUCGCAACAACAAGCGUGUGUUGACAGCGAUCGACAUCUUCAAGGCCGCCAAGUCAGCUUUCAACUUCGGGUCCGACAAGAGCUGGGUCCAGGCGCAAGCUAACUGGAAGAAGUUCUGGGCCCUUGUAAGGUCGCCCAGUGUGUCCUACCUCAUGGCGUGUGCUGCCGAAGUGGGGUUCAAUCGUGUGCGGCACGUCAUACUGGACUCGAUAUGGCACGCAUACCGGAGGGGAGGCAAAGGAGACAUUGAUGUUCAGGCUUGGACUACCGAUCAACUGCAGGAUGUCCUCGCAAUGGAUGAUGUCAAGGACGCUGUGAAGCUUUGUGAAUUGUUCGGGUUCCAUUUCGAGCGGAACGAGGAAGGCCGCACAUACCUGGACAUCUCGAAAUUGGGCAACAGCAACCGGUCUCUGAGUGUGCCCCACACGAUCAAGCCGCAAACGUUUUCACACAGUCUUGUGGAAUCGAAGCGGCACAAUCGAGCUUUCUCGGCGAUUGUCGAGGGCAUGACAAUACAACAAGCAAAGACCAAGGGACUGCUGGUGGACCCAAGCACGAUACAAAGUGGGAACGAAGACUCGUUGUUCAUCCCAGAAGCUACUAGCGCGCCGAAGCCCAAUAUUUUUGGCAACGUCACCAACGGCGCAACGGCGAACGGUGUGUCGGCCUUCAAUCCAAAUCCUUUCGCUAAGCCACUUCAACCUUCAAGCCAACCUUCGUCAGGUAGCUCAGCACCGAGCCCCUUUGGCGGCACCGCGACUCCGACGUGUCAACCCGUACAAGCCACGCCUGCACCUGUGUUUGGUGGAGGUGCUUUUCCUACCACCUUCGAUGCUGCGAAGAACUCCAUCAAGUUCGCGCCCACAUCCGCCUCAGGUAGCAACGAUAAUCCGUUUGCCAAAGUCGCAGCAACAUUACCUCCGCAAUCCACUACUCCUGCAUCAACACCGCCAGGGUCCUUCAACUUUGGCUUCAAUGCAGGUCCGGCUCCGCAGAGCCAACAGUUGUCAACGCCCGCCACACCGGCAUCUACUGUUACCAACGGGCAACCCCCAUCUGGUGCGAGCAAGCCGUUUGCCUUACCUGGUUCAUCGGAUCCGGAUGCAAGGAUAAGGAACGGAGACUUUGCAGGAGUGUCUGCCACACCAGCGGGAUCGCCACCUCAGCUAGAUGCAACAGCAGUGGCCGCUGCGAAGGAGAAGGCUGAAGCUGACGCACGUGCGGCAGUGCUGAAGCAGAAGCAAGAGGCGGAAGAGCGACGCAAACGAGAACAAGUAGAGCAGGACCGAAAAGCAAAGGAGGCACAGCGAGCGCGAGAAGCCGAGCAACGACGAAUCGAGGGGGAGAAACAGCGUCAAUUGAGGGAACAGCAAGAGAGGGAACUCAGGGCGAAACAAGAGCGAGAGAGAUUAAUCCAGGACGAACAACAACGGCGACAACGGGAAGAGCAGGAGCGACUAGCACGUAUACAGCGGCGGGAACUGGCAUACAAUGCGCUCACGUCAAGCAUCGUGUUCAGUGGGGAGGAAGGACUUUUGUAUCAAUUCUUAGAAAACACGGUCAAAAAUGUUGCAGCUGCCGGCCACAAGGAGUGGCAGGUUGAGCUGCAGCGCAGGCGUGAGGCGGAAGAGGAGGAGGCGAAGCGGAAGGCCUCUGCCCGGGCAGUGUUCACGCACUGGGUUGCGCAGGUGCAGAAGAAGAAGCGGAACGCCAAGGCAAAAGAGAGGAGGAAACGACUCAAGGCCCAGCGCGAGCAGUCAAUCAAUGGUGAAGGUGAUGCUGCCAGAGAAACUCCCACAGAAUCGGUGGCGAGCACGGACCAGCUGUCAACAGCACGAAGCGCGCUUACCAACGACCGUCGCGCCAGACGAACGCAAGAACGCCGUACAAGCGCAGCGGCCGACCGAAAUAGCACCACUUCACAACCGCGAGCUGCUUCGUCACAACAACCAGCUACGAUGACCAAUGGCCACCACGUGCGCAGCUACUCCGAGGCGUACCACAAGUCUACUGCGCCCAUUGACCGCACAGAGACCGACUGGUUCAAGCUGCGGGCUAUGGGCAUUGACCCAAGCAAGCACCGCAAGAGGAGCUUUGACUCGGCGACCGAUGAAGAUAAGGAGAGCACCGAAGCCAAGCGCGUGCGCAGGUCUGUUUCUAACGCUUCACCGAUCUCACAACAGCCACCAGAACCUGAGCCUCCCUCGGAACCACUCACCAUAGAGGAGCGCUUGGCUCGCAUUCGUGCGGCGAAGCAGUCUUUCAGGACGUCUGGCUCAGGCUCGUCACAGGUCAACGGUGCAAUUUCCAGCAAGCGAUCGUCGUUCAGCGGCCGAGCCAGUCUCGUCAUAGCGCAGGCUCGCAACCUAAUUGCCAGGUCGCCUACCGCAAAGAAGUCAACAGUGGACGUUCACGACUUCGGCCACAGUGUCCCCAACCUUAGCGUCUCGACAUCCUCAUUCCGCUUGUCUCCUCUAGGCAAGAGCGUUAGCACUGUGCAAAGCAAGAAGCCCGCCUACUGGAGUCGCGCCAGCCGUUUCGUCCCUCAACAUCUCUACGGCCAAGGACCAGGGGCAAUCCAAGAGUACCGUGACAAGUAUGUCCACUCACCCGCGAGUACACCACGACCCUUGAGCACCGAGCCGCUUGCGCUGUCUUCGCCCAUCCCUACGCAGUUCUCGUACGUGCCGCAGCCAGACCACGCACAGUCUCAGCACAGUGAGAACGGGAGUGCGAGUGGCGUGGAUCUCGUUGAUGUCGAUGCUGAAGACAACGCCGCUGGCGAUACUGAAGAUGACUCUUUCGACGGCGAUGACGAAGAAGCCGAGCAUGAUGCGGAGGAGGAAGAAGAGGAUGACGAUGACAACACGACACAUUUCGAUGCCUACGCCGAGGAGUACGAUGAGGAGGAAGAGUACACUGAAGAAGAGGACCAGCACUUUGCCCAGCCAGAGGGCAGCUUCGGCGCCGGCAUUGGCCCUGGAGCUACAGAAGACGAUGCUAUCGAACUGUCUGACUGAGCUCAAUCACAUAUUUGUACAUGAUAUCGACUGGCAUCUGGCAGCAUAGCGUUGGCGUUUUGAUUUGCAUUUGGUAUCAACGACUUCAGGGUGGUCAGCAUGCAUGAAAAUAUUGCAUAUGGAACUUUGGAGACACGGAAAAUAUAAGAUAGCGAGUGUGCAUGUUGAAGGAACAGCUGUCGCCCCGCU